AUGUACAACGGGAUCGGGCUCGCGACGACCCGCGGGUCGGGCACGAAUGGCUACGUGCAGCGCAACCUGAGCUACGUCAAGCCCGCGCACCAGCGCGAGAAGGAGCGCCAGGCCAUGAUGGGCUACGCCAAGUACGAGGAGCCCCACAAGAAGACGGCCGUCAACAAGCAGAUCCUCGCGCACGAGCGGAAGCGCCAGGUCGAGGUCAAGGUCAUGGAGCUGCGCGACCAGCUUGAAGAGCAGGGCUGCGAUGACGACGAGAUCGACGACAAGUGCGACGCCCUGCGCAAGCAACUCCAGGCCAAGGCGGAGAAGGACGGCGACGGUAACGACAAGGGCGCUAGCAGCCACGCCCGCGCGGUCCAGAAAGAAAAGCAGAUUGCACAGCUCAAGGACGCGUUCGGCAUUCGCAGCACGUACCGUGACGGCGCGAGCUUCGACUUUGAUGCGCAAGCGGCGCAGCGGCUCGAGCGCCAAGAAGAGUUUGAGCGCAAGCAACGGGCCAAGGAGACCACGGAGCGCCGCCGCCUCCGCGAUGCUUCUUCCGGUAAGAAGGAGAAGCGCAAGCGACGCAAGCGGCGCCCGGGCUCGUCGUGAGCCUGCGGGCGACCGGAAGAGCCGAUCCCGCAGCCGCCACAAUGCCGCGCACACGAAUGCACCCGGUAGCCGAGCUAGCCCCAAGCGUCGCACACCGAGCCCGAACAAGCGUGAGGAAAGCCCGCGUCGUCGUAGCCCUCGUCCCCGCAGCCCGGAAGGCGAACGUCGGAGCGGCAGUCCUCGUCGCCGGAGCCCCAGUCCUCGCCGUCGGAGCCCCAGUCCUCGCCGUCGUAGCCCGAGCCCCCGCUGUCGGAGCCCGAGCCCUCCCCGCCGGAGCGGCAGUCCUCGUCGCCGG